GAAAACGCUCUUUUUUAUUUUCAAAAUUUUAAUGCGUAUCUUAUUAAUAACCCUUUAUGUAUUUUUUCUAACAUACAAUUUAAAUGUUUCAGGUUCUUCCGAACUAUUUCAUUGUAACGAAGCGGUGUGUGCUAGCCUGGUCAGCAAAUGCAUGCUGAUAAAAUCGUGUGGUUGUGAUAUUCACAAUAACUGCACUUGUUGCAAAGAUUGUUACAAAUGUCUUCAAAAUUUAUACACUGAAUGUUGCUCCUGUGUUGGAAUGUGCCCUGAAUCAAUUGCUGAUGCUCAAAAACGAUCAUUAAAAAGUUCAAUUGAAGAUCUGCCUACAUCAAUUCAUCAACUUUUUGAUGUUUUGACUGAAAAAGAAGAUUCCUUACAUAGAUGGUCUAUGUAUAGCUAUCCCAUUUAUGAAGAUCUUGAAAUAUUAACACCAGAUUGGCAGAAAUUUAAAAAACAAAUUGGCACAUUUCAGAUCAGUGAAGAAGAUACUCCAACUGGUUUAGCGAAAGAUAAUAACGAAGAUGCAAAUGCCGUGAAUUGUACCAUACUUUACAUGUCCGAAUGCAUGUCCAUGCAUAAGUGCAGAAUGACGUGUUACUCGAUGGGAGCAUCCAAGUACCGAUGGUUUCACGACGCUUGUUGCCAAUGUGUUGGAAACACCUGUUUGAGCUACGGUAAAAAUGAAAGUAAAUGCCAGAAUUGUCCCAAGACCAAAGUCAAGGAGGAAGAACCUGAAAGUUAUGAAAUUGAUGACGAAUUAUAACCUAUUCGUGUUUGUAAUUAAAAAAAAUAUGUGUAAUCAUGCUCAAUCAUUUUUAUUCGCAUUUAAUUAUAUGAUCUCGAUUUAUAAUAGCAUUUUAAAGUGAAUUUUAUAAACAACUCAACCCGUAUUUGACUUCGGUGUAUAUAUAUAUAUGCUGUUAAGUGUCAUUUUGUGGUUUGCACAUUAAUUAAAUAAUUACAUUGAUGUACACUCAUAUAAUGGUAGAUAAAGACAAUUAGUUGACGUGCAAACAACAAAAUGGCAUUACAGCUGAAUCCUAUGUAUGAACACAUUUAAUAAAUGAAUAGCUAAACUAAUAAUAUAUUUAAUCAUUGAUUGACUAUAGCCAUUAGCCAGGCUAUUUCCUUUCUUUAGGUAAUGUAAAUCUUUUUGAUAAAUUAUACUAUUGAAUAAUUCUGCUUUUUUUUAAAUUUUGU